AUCUCUUCGGGCGAAUCAGAGCACACGGCAACUGCAGAAUAUAUCAUUUUAAGCACUAGCGAACGCAUUUAUAAAGGACAACCUGGAUGUUUGGUCAAUGCACGAGUGUCUAUAAAAAACGGAGGUUAGUUGUUAUAAGUCUAUUCGGCAGCUGUUGUAGACAGUUUGAGUAGCAUCAAGGUGCUUUCCGCAUCAGAGGCGAAAGGAUCUUAAUCCGAAUCAGUGGCAUGUUGUGUAGCGGGAUGGUGUCGAGUGCAGCUCUGCGGGCGAUGAUGCUGCUCCUGGCGGUCCAGCUUCUCUGCCUCAGACCGAUCAGCGCCGAGCAGGAGGCUGGUACAGUCAUUCCUGCUGAGAGCCGGCCAUGUGUGGAUUGUCAUGCCUUUGAAUUCAUGCAGAGGGCUCUGCAGGACUUAAAGAAGACAGCCUUUAACCUGGACUCCCGGACGGAGAGCUUGGUGUUGCGGGCAGAGCAGAGGGCCCUGUGUGACUGCAUGCCUGGCACCACACUCCGCUGAGUAGCCAAACCUCCAUCAUGGUUCCCGGUGCCAAGUUUGGGCACCUCUCACCUGGGCGCCCACCAAGACAAGACUCAUGACGUUACUUCCUCACCUGACUAGAAGAUCUCAUCCAGCACCUUAUCACUGCAGAUACUCCAUUCACAACAAUCAUUCCAUCUCUCUCUCUCUCUCUCUCUCUCUCUCUCUCUCUCUCUCUCUCUCUCUCUCUCUCUCUCUCUCUCUCUCUCCAGGCAUAUCUCUUUUUAUUGUCUCUCGUUGUCCUUUUGCUCCAUGCUGAAAGAGGACUUUAUAUGACUUCACUUCACUUUUCCCCAUCUAUAUUUCAUGCUGACAUAAUGGAAACAGAGCUCGACCCAAGUAGCCACCUCUUUUCAUAAGUGUCUGCCUUCCUCUACUUGUCAACUGGAAUGUCAGAAGAUUUUGUAGGUCAACAUGUCUCACCAUGCAUAUUAUUUGCACAGUAGAGUAGGUGUCUUUGCACACUAUGUACGUAAAGAUAGAGAUGUAUGUUCAGAUCAAUGUAUUAAGAAACUAUUUAGAUUAUUAUUUUAUUCCACUGUCAUUUUAACAGAAUUGUAUCUGUAGCAGAAAUUAUUACUCCAUGAAAGACCACUUACAAUGUACUAAUGCAUUACAGAAACUCAACUCAUAAUGUGAUUAUUUUAAAUGAAGAAUAGAGAUAGAGCAUGGAAAUGAUUUUGUCUAGUAAUGGACAUAUGUCCUAUUAAGCCAUUUGGGGUACAUUUUAUUGGGUUGUAGGGACACAGAAUACCACUAUUUCUUUUUUUUUCAUCAAGGUUUUGAUUUUGUGUAACACAUUGGGGGGAUGGGUGGGAUUUAAUCUUUGUGGUACAGAUUUAAGAUAAAAUGUGUAAUCUGUAUGAAAUAUGGUUAAACAUGGUCUUAAUAGUAUUGGUAUUCUGCUAAGAAAAAAUAACUAAUUGUUCCAGAAAUAAUGUUCUGUUAGUGCUAUCUUGUAGUGAUCAGUAAGGUUUUACUUUUUACUUUUUAGGUUGUACUAGCACUGAAACAAAGUACAUGGCUACACAUACUCAGUUAUGGGGUCUACCUGCUACCUGAAUGUUUACCAUUACAGUGCUGAAAGGCUGAUACAAACUCUAAAGUACCUGUUUACCAUUGCAAUGCUGAAAGGCUGAUACCAACAAUAAAGUAAUAGUUUAGAAUUUAAGUUUUCUAUGUCACAUUUAGCAAAAUAUUCAUCCAAUAAAAACUAUCAGUUAAAUGUUA